GGAAGUGAAAGAAGAAGAGGCAGAGGGUAGUUAGCUGUCUGGCAGCAGACAAGCUCACUCUCUAGCAAAGUGCCAAAUCUUUACACCAGUUGUUGACAAAUUGCUUCGUCAAAACUAAAACACGUUCAUUUCGUAGCUACUACGUUUACUGCAUAUUUUUUUUUAUAGAUUUCUCUCAGGAGGUUGCGUAAUUACAUCUAAUCAACGUCUAGAGGUCCGACGAGCUAACCGAGCUAACGUAACGCUUAAUUUUGGUUAGCUUUCCUGAACAAUAACAGCUAGUUAGCUCCCGGCUUUGAAACGGUCAAGAAGUCACCUCUUCUGUGUGCUUCAACUUAAAACUGUGGAAAAAUGACAUCCAGGAAGAAAGUACUGUUGAAAGUUAUCAUUCUGGGAGAUUCUGGUGUUGGAAAAACCUCCCUAAUGAACCAGUAUGUGAACAAAAAGUUUAGUAACCAGUACAAGGCUACAAUAGGAGCAGAUUUCCUGACCAAGGAGGUAAUGGUGGACGACCGACUUGUUACAAUGCAGAUUUGGGACACAGCAGGCCAGGAGAGGUUUCAGUCUCUUGGCGUUGCGUUCUACCGUGGAGCGGACUGCUGUGUGCUGGUGUUUGAUGUGACUGCACCAAACACCUUUAAGACGCUGGACAGCUGGAGGGAUGAGUUUCUAAUCCAAGCCAGCCCUCGAGAUCCAGAGAACUUCCCCUUUGUGGUGCUAGGCAACAAGAUUGACUUGGAGAACAGACAGGUGACCACUAAAAGAGCUCAGGCUUGGUGUCAGAGUAAGAACAACAUCCCCUACUUUGAGACCAGUGCCAAAGAAGCCAUAAAUGUAGAACAGGCAUUCCAGACUAUUGCACGAAACGCCCUGAAACAGGAGACAGAGGUGGAGUUGUAUAACGAGUUCCCGGAGCCCAUAAAGCUGGACAGGAAUGAUAGAGCUAGAGCUUCUGCAGAAAGCUGCAGCUGCUGAGAGACGACGUGGACCAUCUGCUCUCGCUCCCGGCUUUCUUGAACAGCCCCAGUCAUCGCCCUGUUACAUCUCAUAAACCUCGCUCCCAGGGAAACCGCUUCCCUGCUGGUCUUCCUCUCACACACAGACACACACACACCGCUCAUUCCAUUGACACACUGCACAUAGAUCUAUGUCGUCCCCACUUAGUACAUAAAUUAAUACACUAGUGCACAAUUUAUUUUAAUGAAGAUGGCUCCAGCAGGUCACAGAAAUGGAGAAACCACCCUUUUGACCUGACUUGUAAUCAAUUGAACUCCUGUCCUGAACCAUACUAGCCAGGCGUGACAUCUGAUUUUCACUCCCAGAGGACAAGAUGGAGACUACAUCCAGAGUGGGAUUGGGGGCUCGGGGAUGGACUGGCUGGUGCUCUGUAUUAAGAUGUUGGCUUAUCCCAAGAAAAGGCAUCCCAAAUAUCGUAUCCUCUGCUUUCCGCUUGCUUUCUUUUUGCCAAUUAGAGAAAAGAAACAAUAAAAUGUAUGUUUAUUUGGCUGAUGCUACUUUAAAGCCAAUCUGAAGCGCGUUUGUUUUGCACUUUUUUGUUUGCUUUUUGCCUUUCAAGGGGGGUGACUGAUUUUUGAGAGACAUCUUCUAUUAAAUGCCUUUUGUUCAUGUUUGCGUACUUUAUUCCUUUUUCAGAGAUAUCUCCUAGAACGAUCCAGCGAUUGUAUUGCCUUUUUCACUUCAGGAGUAGGAUCUCUAACUGCCUCACACCGCUGGAACAUAUGUUACUGUGUUAAAUAAGAGCUGAUAAGGCAGUCAGUCACAUUGUAAAAUGUUAAUACGUUGAUAUAUAAGGUUUGCCUUUAAUGCAACUUUUCUUGUUCUGCUACUAUUCCUGCUGUAUGUGUUACGUCCUCAUGAGACACCUCCCAGUGCUGAAAAUGAUUCCUAUACGUGUCACUGACACUGCGUACACCUGUCUUCUGUCAUGUCUUCUGCUGUAUUAUCUGCUUGUAGCUCAGGUUGGCUAAUAUUUUUAACCAAUCGUGUAUCACAGUGUAUAGAUGGUGAAGAACUGAAUAAAAAUGAUGUUCCUUCUUUCCAUAUAAAGAAAAUAUCAACUAUUUGCUCUGGUAUUACUUGUUUAGUUUUUUUCCUUACAGUAAACAACUGCAAUGCCAAUGAUGUUGUAAAAAAAUCAUCAAAUAAUAAAACUCUUGAAUAUAUCAA